CAAAAGUGCCGGACAAUUGAUCGAAUGACAGUGGACUAUUCUGUUUUAGUACGUACCUACAUUGUUUCUCUGUCUCUACUUUCAUUCGGUUUUGCGAAAGGAAAGUAGAGGGAGGGGGAUGAAUUCAACUGUGGGAUUUCGUAUACGAAUCAAUGGAAUACGAUUGUUCGUUUCGUUUUCAGGCAAAAAAAAAAAAAGAAAAAAAGGGGAAAAAAAGGGAGAAAAAGGAAAUAUGAACGCGCCGCCGCCGGUAUACGCAUCCUCCUGCCCUGCGUUGCAGUCGAACCUAUCGCUGCACAGUUCUUCCUACUACAGCGAGUACAGCGGCGGUGCGAGGAGACGAUUAUCGUCGACGGGUGAGGCAGAUACCUCGGCCACGUCGAGCUACGAGGGUAGCGACAGCUCCGAAAACAGCGAUGAAUCGCGCCUGGAACCAGUGAGCCAAAUGGAACGGGAACAACUCGAAACGUUCUUCCGGGGUCUGAAGUCGCAGGUGAGCUACGAAGCUGCGAGUGUAUGGUAAAAACGAACGAGCGUUCUUCGUCCUUUGCUUUAACCAAAUCCGGUUAAUAGUAUCGGUGUGCUUAUUAUACUCUUUCGUGGUCACUGUUACGAGCAAAUUUCUUUCGAAAGUGGCAACUAAGACACUUUGUUCCCAUGUCGAGAUUUCGAGAACACUUGCGCUUGCGUGCUUAAUUAUUUUGAUGCGGCGACGAGUGCGUUUGCUGUAAAAUUGAAACGAAAUUAUAAUAAAUUGUAUAAGAUUAAAUAUG